AUGAGAAAACAUUUUUUCCUUAUAUUUUUAGUAUAUAUAAUAAUAAAAAAACAUAAUAUAGGUUCUAACGAAAUCUUAAAAAAAGAUGCAUCUACUUUUAGACUUUUACAUGAUGAGAGCUUCGUAAAGCAUCUAAAUAAUAUAAAUACAACAAAAAAAGAAAGAAAGAAAAAUGGAGUUAUUUCAAGUCUCAGAAAACCUAAAAAUUUAUUUGAAAAAAAUGAUAGAAUAGAAAGAAAAACUAAAGGGAUUAUCCAAAAUGAAAAUUUCACACAGACAAAAUUGUUCUCCCAAAAACUAAUAGAAAAGUUUCGUAAUGAAGUUAUAAAUAAAAUAAAAAAAAAUACAUAUAUUAAUAGAGUAUCAAAUGAUUAUAAAGAUAAUAAAGGCACAAUUAAACAUAUAGAAUUUAAGAAAACUACAAUAAAAGGGAAAUUUUAUAAAUUUUUCAGCGAAACAAUAAAAAAUAAGUUUUUCAUACUUAUUAGGGAAAAAAUGUAUCAUUUUAAAGAAGUGUAUUCAAGAUAUACAGAAUCAAAAUUGACGAAAGAAAAAGAAAACAAGAAAAAAACAAAUCCUUUAAAAUCAUUUCUAAUGAAAUACAUGAUGAAAUUCUUAUAUAUUCAUAAUCAAAGUUUUGGAAAGAUAAAUAAAUAUAAUUUUUUAGUUACACAUUUUACUAGUUUUAAUGAUCUUAAUAUUUCAAUUAAUAAGAAUUUCAUGUUUAAGAAACAAAGAAUUUUAAUUGAAUACAACUUACUAAAAAAAUAUCUUUUAAAGUAUGGUAAAAAAGGGGAAAACGAAAAUAAGCACGAAGGUAAAAAUGAAGAAGAAUAUUAUGAAUAUGAUAGUGAAGAUUAUGAAGAUGAAGAUGAAGAUGAUGAUGAUGAAGAAACAUAUGAAGAAUAUGAAGAUAGUGAAGAAGAAUACAGAAAUAAUAAAAUAUAUGAAAAUAAUAAAAUGGAAUACGGAUAUAAUAAAAAAUAUGGAAAUGAUAAAAUAGAAUAUGGACAUAAUAAAAAAUAUGGAAAUGAUAAAAUAGAAUACGGAUAUAAUGAAACACAUGAAAAUAAAAAAGUAGAAUAUGGAGAUAAUAAAAAAUAUAAACAAUAUUUUACAAAGAAAGAAAAUGCAAUAGAAGCAAUGGAAGAUAAUUUUGAAGAUUACGAAACAAGUAAAGAACGAGAAAUAAUAACAUCAUUAGAAGACGACCUAGAAGUAGUUGAUGAUACAGUAGAAAGUGGAUAUGAAACAACAGAAGAUGGAGAUUUAAGUAUACUAGAAACAAAUUUUGACAAUUAUUCAUCAAGUAAUACUAAUAAAGAAUAUGUUUGUGACUUUACGGAAAAAAUAAAACCAGUAGAAGAAGAAUCAAAAGUAAAAAAAUGCAAAUUUCAAAUUGAAGAACCACUAGUUAAGGUAAAAAUUAUAUGCCCUUUAAAAGAUUCAGAUGAAAAAAAAUUUGAAAGCAUUGAGUAUUUCCCUAAAAAAGCUCCUUACGUUGUAUUAACUAAGGAAGUAUCAAAAUUAAAAGAAAAAAAAAUUUCUGAAUUAAUUUAUGGUGUCAUUGUACCAUCAAAAAAUAAUGAAAAAAAAAAUAACUUUGACCAAGGAUCCAUUGAAUUUAUAUUGCCACCAUUAGUACAAAAAAAAACCGUUUUUUAUUUCAUAUGUGAUAAUUCAAAAACUAAUGAAGAUUCUAAAAAAGGAGAUAGAGGAGUAGCAGAAAUUACUAUAGAACCAUAUGGAAAACUUGUAAAAGGAUGUAACUAUUCAGAUGUUAACAAAAAUUUUUUUACGAAAAAUCUUGACAUAAAAAAGAGUGAACAUCCAUGCUACUUCCAACUAAAUAGUGGUGAAAUAGGAGGAAUGAUAUUUCCAUCUAACACGAAGUCAACUACUUGCUUUGAAGAAAUGAUUCCUUAUAUAAAUUCUGCAAAAUGGAAUAAAGAAAAAAAAAGUAUAACUCAAUUAAUUAACAAUUCUGUAAUUUAUAACAAAGAAAUGAAUGAGCAAUAUUUUAAUGUUAAAUAUGUUAGCAUACCUGCAAGUUUUAAGGAUAAUCUUAAUUUAUUUUGUACUUUUACAUUAGAUGAUGAUAAAGUACAUUUAGUUUAUGUAAGCAUUAAUCAAGAAUUAAAUUUUUCAGUAUUUGAACUUUUUGAUUCUUUCGUAAAAAUAAAUAAGACGAUUCAACUAGCAACUGAAACUGAAGGAAAAAAUGAAUAUACUUGUGAUUUUACUGAUAAACUCGAUAAAGUACUUGAAAAUGAAAGGAAAAUAUUAAUUUGCAGGAAAAGUUUGAAAGAGUUUGAUAAAAUUACUAUGAAAUGUAAUAAAAAUAAAGAAAAAUAUAAAGACAUGGAAGUAAUUCCUAAAAGUCUUAAGGACAGAAAUGAAGUUGUUCAGUUCAACUUGAAUGCGCAGUAUUAUCUUUUAAAAAAAUACAUGAAUUUUAAUUUAAGAAAUAAUAAAUUAAUAAAUGAUUAUCCACCUUAUUUUAUUUUUCCUUUUUAUAAAAUUGCAAAAGAUGAGUUUACGAAUAAUCCUUUUUUACAAAGUUACAAGAAUAUAGGUCUAUUUGAAGGAACGACAUCAACAGAUGGAUUGGUAAAAUUAUUUUCCUUUUUAGACACUCAAGAAGCAGUGGCAAUUAAUGAAAAAAUCCGUUAUUUAAAUAUAAAUGUUAAUGAUUCUGAUGAUAACACCCUUGAAGUAACUUUUCAAGUGCCACCUUACAUAGACUCAAACGAACCAUUUUAUUUUAUGAUGGGUUGUGACAAUAAUAAGGGUGAAGGCAACACAGGAAUAGUAGAAUUACUCAUUUCAAAAAACCAAGAAAUAAUAAAAGGAUGCAAUUUCCACGAAGUAAAAAUUGAUUAUUUUACAAAAAAUAUUGAGGCAGGUACUAAUGAAUGUACUGUUGAUGCAUACGUUAAUGAUAUUAUUGGAUUCAAUUGUUUAAAAACUACUUAUGAUGACGAUGUAGAUCCUACAGAUAUAAGCCUAGAUCCUGAUGAAUGUUUUAAAAAGGUAUAUAAGGAUGAUAGUAAAACAGAAAUUAACGAUAUAAUGGAAGGUGCUCAAAUUUACAAUAUUACUGACAAAAAAACCCCAGUAUUUCUAAAAAUACCUCCUCAUGACUUAAGUGUAGACACAGAAAUUAGUUGUAAAUGUAAUUUAAAAUCUCAAGAAAAGGUAAUUAAAAUAAACAUUAAAAAAAGAGACACUGAAAAAGAAAAAGAAGAAAUAAAAAAGAAAGCUAUUAACCAAGAUAACAUGUAUAUCUGCGAACAUCGCGAUUUUAUAAAACCUAAAGAAAUGAAAUUAUCAAAUCAGAAUAUUGAGCAUACCUGUGAAAUUGAAGCAAAAGAUUUCCUUAAUUAUGUAGAAGUAUUUUGUCCUCCUAAUGAGCAUUCAAUUUAUAGUAAUAUUAAUAUAUCCUAUACUACAAAGAAACCGAAAGAUGUUUCAGAAUUAAAACCAUUUAAUGAAAAAGAAUUAGAUACUAUAGUACCUUAUGCAGAAGUAUUAAAUAAAACAGAGGAACUAAUAUUACUUUACAGUAAAGAAAAAGUAGACUUGUCUCACUUUUAUAUAUUCUUUCCAUUUUAUAUAAAAGAAGAUACUGAGUUAAACAUUAUAUGCGACAACAGUGCUACACAAUAUAAUGAUAAAAAAGGAGAUAAAUUAAUUUAUCAUAUUGAAAUUCCUAAAAGAACUAAAAAAAUAAAGGGUUGUUCUUUUAAAGAUAAAAAAUCAGAAAUGUUCGAAAACGAAGUAGAUGGAAAUAAUUGUGUUAUUGACGUAGCUCCAAAGGAUAUAGUAGGAUUUGCAUGCCCAAGUGGAACUAUAAAAUUAACAAGUUGUUUUAAAGAUGUGGUUGUUGAUAAUUCUUUAAUUAAUAUUAUUAGAGUGCUUUACCUAGAAAAUAAUUUAGCCUCUUAUACUUAUAGUCAUAAAUUUAAUUACAUAGAAAUACCAUCUCUAGUAGAUAAAGACAUAUCUUUCAAAUGUAUUUGUGUAGAUUUGAAAAAGGAUUAUAAUGUAAAUUUCACAUUAAGUUCAGACAUAACAGAUACAAUUUUUGACAAAUUGGGAAUUAAGUAUGAUGAAUAUCAAGGCAAUUAUGUAAGUGGUGAAACUUAUAAAAAUUAUAAGAGUGUAUAUUUAUCUAACAGGCCAAGUCGAAUAGUUCAACUUUUCAAUAAUGUAGAAAAAAAAAUAACGGAAAAUGCAGGAGAUCCUGAGAGUAUAUUCGAAAAACUUGAUACAUCUGAAAUUGGUGAAUCUAAAUCAUAUAAAAAGAAUGGAUUCGAAAAAACAUACAUAGAAGAAGAUGGACAUGAUAUAUGGGAAGACAUGUAUGAUGAAAAGUUAGAAGAAACCAUAGCAACCGAUAUUAAAAGUUUAGAAAUAUCUCCUUCAGAUAUGUACGUAUUGCAGGUUAACGUAAAAGCACCUAAAAUAAUUAAGUCUACAAAAAUAAAUGAUAAAAGUUAUAUGUGUGAUUUUUCAAAAAAAAGUCUAAUAAUACCAGAUCCCUCAAAAAAAGGAGAAUUGACAGAUGUCCAUUGUUAUAGCGUACUAAAACCAUUAGAUACUCUUUAUGUAAAAUGCCCAACAGAUAAUGCUAAAUAUACUAUUGCAAAAGAUAAGGUGUCAGAAGAUGAUGAUGAAGAUGAUAAGCAUGUUAUUUCACUCAUUGAUGAAGGUGAAGUAGAUGCUCCAGAAGAUGCAUUAAAUGAUGGUACUUUUGGAGAUAUGUUCGGUAAAAUUAAAUUAAAACCAGAUGAUUUCUUUGAAAAAGUUAUGAAGGAGUCAGAUGAUUCUAUAAAAGAUAUUCAUGAAGUUUUACCAGGUUCCAUAUUUACCACUAUGAAAGUAAUAAAAAAAAAAAAUCCUUUUGAUUCUUAUGCUGCUUUAGUUAUACCUCCUGUUGUUUUACAAGAUACUCAUCUGAAAGUAGAGUGCAAUAAUAAUGAAUAUAAAGUGAGCGAAAAUGUCGCAGGUUUUAAUGGAAUAAUUCAUUUAGACAUAGCGAAAAGUGAACAUAAAAUUAAGGGAUGUGAUUUUUCUGACGAAAGUAGUAAAAUUUUAACUACAGGAAUGAAAAUAGAAGAAUCUCAAGUAAAGGAAUGUCCUAUUGAAAUUAAUAAAAAUGAAGCAUUUGGUAUAAUAUGUGAUAGUACUACUACUUUAGAUCCAGAAAAAUGUUUUUAUGAAGUAUAUGAUAAAGGCUCAAAAAAUAAAAAAUUUGUUGAUUUAAUUUCCAACGUAAAUAUUUAUACUAUACAUAAUUCUAAGAAAAAAAUAGCAUAUGCAAAGGCUCCUUUAGAUUAUGUAAAUAAAUUAAUUUUUUCAUGCUCCUGCAAAAAAAGUGAUAGUACUAAAGGAACAAUGAAAGUUACAUUGAACAAAGAUGAAAUGGAAUUAGAAGACAUGAAAUCUGUGAAGGCAGUAGUACAUAAUAAUGUGAAUUUAUGUAACUUCUAUGACAAUCCUGAAUUAUCCUUUGAAUCAAAUCCAGAUAAAGUACUUGUAUGUAAAAUGGAACCAGGGUUGUUUUCAGAAGUACUAGUACAGUUACCUAUAUUUGGAGAUGAUAAUACAGAUAAUGAAGAGUAUAAGAAAUUUUCAAUACAACCUGAAUUUGUUAAAGGAGAAGAUAUCAAAAUUAUUUUAGACGAUAAAAAAGAAUUGCAUAUUAAUGAAGCAUUAAAAGGAGUAUUUGGAAAUAGGCAUUUUAAAUUUGAAAAAAGUAAAAAAAGUGGUCAAGGUUUCAGCUUCUUUGUUCCACCUAUCUUUGAAAGCCUUAACUUAAAAUUAAUUAUUAACGAAAAACCAGACAGCUCUCCGCUAAAGCAAAGAGGGAUAGUAUAUAUUUUAAUAAAAAAAAAUAUAGAGGAAAGUUCCUUAAAACUUUGCGACUUUACAACGGGAAGUAAUUCUUUAACAGAUGCUAUUCCUCCAAGCAAAGAAAAAGAAUGUAAUAUCAAAAUAAAAAAAGGAGAUAUCUUUGGUAUUAUAUGCCCUAAGGGAUUUUCUCUAAUUCCAGAAGGAUGCUUCAGUAAUGUAAUCUUAGAAUAUUAUAAAAGUUCUCCAGAUGAUAAUGAAGAUAUUGAGUAUAUUAGUAAAAUGAAAUAUAACUUGAAACCAAAAGAAGUAAUAGAAUUAUUAGAUGAAGAUCAUAAAGAACUUGAAGAUAUCCAGAAUCUUUCAGGUUACUCUAAUGUUACAGAAAUGUUAAAUUUUCAUAAUUAUAAUAUAGGAAAUUUGCCUCUUGAUUAUAAAAAAUAUUAUACUGCAUCAUAUAGUAAAGUACCAGAUACUUUUAAUAGCAUAAUUAAUUUUUCGUGCAAUUGCUAUAAUCCAGAAAAUAAUGUAUUUGGAACAAUGGUUAUACAAACAGAAAAUAGUGAUUUUGAAGGCUUAAAGGCGAAGAAAAAAGUUAAGAGGGAUACCGUACUACCUUAUAGAGAUGAAAACAUUAUAAGUGAAGGACAUGAAGAUAAUAUAUUAAAAUAUUCAACCAGUCACAGAUGUGAUUAUACCAAUGAAUCUUUAUUUGAUUUAAUUGAUGGAAAAACUCAAAAAAAUAUAUGUAAAAUAGAUGCUAAGUCCUUAGAUGUUAUAACAAUUAAAUGCCCACAUACAAAAAAUUUAGUAACUAAAGAACUACCACCUGCUCCUGAUCAGGAGGAUAGAAAAUUGACUAUUACCCUUGAUGAUAAGGAAUUUAUUACUUAUACAGAUGAAGAAAAAAAUACAUUUUCCUUAAAAGAUGUUUAUGUUAAAAAUUUUCAUGGAAUCACUACAGAUGAAUUAAAAAAUCUAGGAAAACUGGAUUCUGAUUGGGAUGAUAAUCAUGUAUUUUAUCCACCAAAAGCUUUAGAUGAUGUAAUUAUAGACAAUAAAAUAGUAAAAUUAAGGGAAAAAUUACCAGGAGUUUUAUUUUUAAAAGUAAAAAUUGAUGAAGAGGUUAAAACAACUCAUUUACCUACUGAUGGAAUAUCUAGAUUUUUAAUACCUCCAUAUAUAAAGGAAGAUCUCAGUUUUCAAAUUUUUUGUGGAAAAUCAACAUCAAAUAAGCCCAAGAAAAAUAAUACAUCUCUUGGUAUUGUUCAAGUAAAUAUUUCUGCUAAUAAAAAUUUAAUAGAUGGAUGUGACUUUAUUAAUCCUGAGAAAAGCCCCAAUUCUAUCUUUUCACAUAAUAAGAAUUUAAAAAAUCCUCUUAUUUGUGAUAUUUCUUUAAUACCUAACAGAACUGUAGGAAUAAAUUGUCCUCACAAACAAUUAAAACCAGAGAGUUGCUUUGAAGAAACAUAUUAUGUAAAUGAAGAAGAAUUAGGAGAAUCAGCAGAUGCAUUUAAUGAUUCACCCAAAGAGAAAAUAACUAAUAUAAUUAAAAAUGCUAUUACUAUUACUAAUGUGGAAGAUAAAGAAAAUACAUAUUCAUAUUUAAUUUUACCAACAUCAUUUCGAGAAGGUAUAGAUAUAAAAAAAGUUUUUAUUUGUACAUGUGAUAGUAAUAUUAUAAAAAUGAAAAUUGAAGAAAGUGCUAUGACAAUGAAUAUAUCCCCCAAAACAGGACAAGAAUUAUGCACAUAUGAUCAUAAAACGAAAAUUGCAACUUGUAAUAUAAUGGAAAGUAUGGAUGCAUCUACAUUGAAAGAAAAUUCUGUUAUUGAAUACAUUGCUAAUUUAUCAAGAUGGGAUAAAUUAAUAAUAAAAUAUCCUACAACUGAAAAAGCUAAUUAUGAGAAAAUCUUUGUUAAUCCUUUAAAUUUAAAAGCAAAAGUUCUAUUUAAAAAUCAACCGAUAAAUAUUGAGAAUAUUUUACCAGGAAGUAUAGCAUCAGACAAAUAUGAUUCAAGAACAAAGAUCAAUGAAUAUACUUUAAGAAUACCACCUUUUGUUCCUAAGCCAGUAAAUUUUACUAUUGAAUUUAAUAAUAGUCUUACGUCAACUGUUCAAAAUCAAAAUAAAGUUUUCGGUACUAUUGCUAGAGUGCAUAUAAAUGUUAGUGAAGGUUAUAAAGAAAUUAAUGGAUGUGACUUUACAGGAAAAUAUCAAGAUUUGUUUUCAUAUUCUUAUAAACCUAAGCCUAAUCAAAAUAAAGAAUGCACUAUUACUAUAGGUAAUAAUAAUUUUUCUGGAUUUGCUUGUUUAAGUCAUUUUGAAAUUAAACCAGAUAAUUGUUUUAAUUAUAUUUAUGAUAACAAUGCAAGAAAAAAAGUUAAAAAGUUGACUGAGAUAUCUUCAAAUGCUGAACAUGAUUUUAUAAAACAAAAUUCCUUAGGAUAUAGUUUAUCUUAUAUCACCUUUAAUAACGAAAAAAAAAAACUUGAUUUCUCUUGCAAAUGUGUCUCUAAUUAUUCUACUUAUACAAUUAAUGUAUUGUUUGAGCCAGAUUAUGAACUUUCAUUAUAUCAACCAAGGGCUAUUAUAAAAUACGUAGACUUAAAAGAAAAUAGUUUAACCAAACAUUUACGCUAA